GAGGCCUAAAAUCGUAUGGGGGAGAAAAAUAUCCAUGUAGUUAUUCUGAUUAGUGAAAUGUUUCAUGCGAUCUUAGAUAUUUAUUUAUUUAUUUUUUUUCAGUUUACUCUAUGUCAGUGAUGAGUAUUUGUUGGUUCCAUCCAUUCUGCUAUAUCAACAGGAUUAAGAGAGAGAGUAACGCUGCUUAAGGAUCAUGGCUACCGUUAUGUUGGAUUGCAGAGGAUUUGGAACGAGGAUUGGUCAAUAAAUUAGCACAAACUAACGAAAAGUUAAGCUUGAGAUGGCACAUAGCUUCGGAUUAAAAAACAACAACAAUAACUUCAAAGGAAAAUAAAAAACAAAACAAAAGCAACAGCUAAAAUAUUGGCCAAAGUGUGACUCCAAAAUAUGACGUCAAAGACUAGCUGCAUCGCAGCAUUGUAACCGAGCCGCGAGCCGGCGAUUGUCACGACGUCACAACACCAUAUUAUGGGGAUAGUGUCGAUGAUCUUGUCACAACACUGAACACUGUACUGAUUAUCUGAUCUUUGAACGCAGAUCUACAAACAUGCCGCCCGACAUUCCUGAAGAAGAUCGUAUAGACGACAAGGGAGAGUGGCAGGUCGGUGCUGUUGGUGGAGGGUGGCAGGUUGGUGCCAAUGAUGCAGAGGGACAGGUUGGUGCUGUUGGUGGAGGGUGGCAGGUUGGUGCCAAUGAUGCAGAGGGACAGGUUGGUGCUGUUGGUGGAGGGUGGCAGGUUGGUGCCAAUGAUGCAGAGGGACAGGUUGGUGCUGUUGGUGGAGGGUGGCAGGUUGGUGCCAAUGAUGCAGAGGGACAGGUUGGUGCUGUUGGUGGAGGGUGGCAGGUUGGUGCCAAUGAUGCAGAGGGACAGGUUGUUGCUGUUGGAGGAGGGUGGUGGGUUCGUGCUUUUGAUAAAAUGUGGAUGCUGCUAACUUUCCUGGUGGUGUUAGCAUUCCUUUAUGAAAAAGGAAGACAACUUCUGAGAGCAUUAAGACUCUCUUGGUAACCGAAAUAAAUUAAUGUAAAAAUUAUCAUCUUGUAAUUAGCUUUGCUACAAGAUAUGUAUUAGAUACAAUAAAUAUAUGAAGUUCAUAUAUUUUGA